ACUGGAACGUUACACUACCAUAUGGCCAAAAGACGGGCCGAUAUUGAGUUGAAUCAAGAUAACUGGGAUGAUGAUUUAAGAGCUACUACUAAGGGAAACUUCGAUAAAGCAGACAAGGACAUUAUUUCACAAAGAAAAAUUUUGACAGCACGUACUAACAGAACAUCUAGUGGAACGUCUGGACUAUUUAAAUCAUUUACCGCUUUUUCUGACUGCUCAAGUGGAAACCCAGUAUCAUUCGAUUUUGGACUCAAACAUUCAAGUGUUAAAGAAAAUGGCCAUAAGGAUGAAGAGACUGAGUAUCUUGAACACCUACAAACUCUCAAUCAGAGCUUACUCGAUUGGAUUACAAAACACAUUAAAGAAGACCCAUUUUGUAUUCUCAGCCCGAUAUUCUCCGAUUACGACAAACAUUUAUCGGGAAUCAACUCUAAAUUUCCCAAACAAUCAUUAGUAGGUGCGGUUUCACUGCCGGAGAAAAAAGAAGCCAGCAGUCACUUAAUUGCCAAAACACCUGAAGUUAUUGAGACUCCGGUCAAGAGUGCACCAAAUCCCGUUUUCUUUUUCGGCAAUUCCAUACCAAAACCCACACCUAUAUCUUCUGGCUCUUCGACUGAUUCUACAGAUAAGAAACCUAUAUUUUCAUUUGGGUUGCCGCCUAUCACGACAACUAGUACUAAUUUCACUCAGUCGCUUUUUCAGUUUCCCAGCGUCUCUAGUUUCUCACAAAAACCUGUGAAUCUCGAUCCUAAACAGAACACUAGUAAUCAACAAGGGGAUGAUGACGACGAGGAAUAUAUUCCUCCCAAACCAGAGGUUAAAGAUUUCAAAGAAGAUGGGUCAGUUUUCACUACAAGGUGUAAAUUAUUCUACAAAGCGGAUAAUGAGUGGAAAGAGCGUGGACUUGGAAAUUUAUUCAUCAAACCAACGACAAACGAUAAAUUUCAAUUACUCAUCCGAGCUGAUACUAAUCUCGGCAAUAUAUUGCUAAAUAUACUGGUUACAAAAGAUGUGCCUAUUAAACAACAGAAAAAUAACUUGACUUUAGUUUGUAUCCCUUCACCACCUUUACCAUCCCAGGCUAAAUCGUCCCUUACCAACGAAGAAGAUAAUGGGCAACCAAAACCAGUUCCAAUGUUGAUACGUGUGAAAACUGAAGAGGGAGCUACAGAGUUACUAAGUCAAAUGGAUUUGCACAGGGGUGUCUCAACGAAUUCAUAAUAUUGAGAUGAGUUUUUCCCAUCGUUUCUGUCUACCUCUUAUUGACUGAAAAUUAUGUUUCGUGUUUUGAAGAUUACAUUCAAUUUUUUUUUUUCGAAAAAAGAUCGUUUUGAAAGUAA